AUGGCCUCCUACGUGUACUACAAGUUCAGAUCGCAGAAGGAGCCUCAGCGAGUCCCUCUUGAUGGCCCCUAUAUCGACGUCUGGAAUCUCAAACGUGAAAUCAUCAACAUCUCCCACCUGGGCGAUGGCACCGACUUCGACCUGAAGAUCUACAAGGAGAAUUCAAGUGAUGAAUACACUGACGACACCGAAGUCAUCCCAAAAGACUCCACCGUUGAUGCUGUCCGCUUACCGGCCACCGCACCUGGCAAAGGUCGAGCUGCCCGAUAUGUCUCUGGCAAACCCCCCAUCAGUGCGAAACAUUCGGCUGCUGCGCCUUCAGGCAUGCCAGCUCCACCGAUAGAAAUGAACGCGAACAUGACCGAGCAAGAAAGAAUCGAGGCUUUGCACAAGUACAGCAGCUCACAAUGGGCCAAAACACAACAAGAGAUGUCACAUGAAACUCGUGUUCCUAUGCAGCUAGGUAGCCGUCUCAACAAGAAGGCCAAUGUGCCCGAAGGCGAACCUCCGCAUGGCUACAUUUGCUACCGCUGUGGCAAAAAGGGUCAUUGGAUCCAAGCGUGUCCAACCAACGACGACGCCACAUACGACAAUAAGAACCGAAUCAAGCGCACGACUGGCAUCCCGCGGUCUAUGUUGAAGAAGAUUGAUCAGGCUGACAUCGACAAGCUUGAUGAACAACAACGUCAGCACCUCAUGGUCAAUGCUGAAGGUGAAUACGUCUUUGCCCAGGCUGACGAGAAGACUUGGAAGAAGCAUCUAGAGCAGGUCAAGGCUUCCGAAGCCAAUAAGCAGAAUGCAGCAGCAGGUAACGAAGAGUUACGAGAGCGUGGCUUGGAGUGCACGAUCGAUCAACGGUUGUUUGUAGAUCCAAUGAAGACUCCUUGUUGUGGGAGGACUUACUGCCACGACUGCAUCGAGAAUGCUCUAUUGGAGAAUGACCUGGUCUGCCCAGGCUGCGAGACAGAAAAUGUCAGUCUUGAAGCUUUGAAGCCAGACGAUGAAAUGAAGGAGAAAAUCAAAGCGUAUCAGGAGGAGAAGUCAAAUGAGAAGCAACGUUCUAGAAGCCCUACCGCCUCUGUGAACACACCAAAACCAGAGGAAGCUGAGACUGGAUCUCGUCCUGUCACUCGUGACGGUAGCAAGUCUCCCAAAUCCGAGACAGGUCAAAGCAAGAAACGCUCAGCGGACGAGGCGGACGACUCAAUCUCUGGUAAUCUUGAAGUACCUGCUAUGAAGCGACAGAAGUCGGGCGAAGGGACGCCAGUUCCAGAAACUAAGGAUGGCGAUAAACCUUCAACUCCAGCAGAGUCAUCCGAUACCGAUGCCAACACCGCAAGUUUUCCAGCGAACAUGAUGCCGCCCGAUUUCUCUCAAAUGCCAAACAUGGGUAUGAACCUCCCGAUGGGUAUGCCGAACAUGAUGGGAAUGCCUUUCAUGGGAAUGGGUAUGCCAAACAUGAUGAACAUGAUGCCAAAUAUGAACAUGAACAUGCCCAACAUGAACAUGAUGAACAUGAUGGCAGGCAUGGGUGGCAUGAAUGGCAUGAACGGUAUGGCGGAAUUGAAUGGAAUCAACGGGGGUAGCAAUAUGAACAUGAACAAUAACUUUCAGAACGGUCCGCCAAACAAUCGUGGUGGCUUCAACAAACAACAUCAGUUCCGCAACAAGCCUCGCAAUUUCAACCAGCCUCCGCAGCCACCGAAGCAACCUGAAGGUCUGAACAAUGUGCCAACCGGACCCAAGGCGAUGCAGAAUCAGAACCAGGCUGGCGGCUUCUACCCACCAAGCGGACCAGCAGGCGGCAAGUUCUCGAACCAGCAACGCUACGCCGGCAAUGAAGAAGACAACGCCUACCUGCGGCAGCCUGUAAACCCUCAGCGUCAAUGGCAGCGCAAUCGAAGAGGAAAGCCCAGAGAGGCUGAUUACAGGGAACUGUAG